UUUUUUGUUUCUAAAAAAUUGGGUUCACGUCUGACGGCUGACGUGUAGUCGUGUAGCAUUUCAGAAUUAAUAAAACGAAAAUGUUGAAGUCCAUUUAUUUACCUCUAGUAAUUUUUCUAAUACUAGCUACAUUUUCGAAUGCUUUGUAUUUCCAUAUUGGCGAAACGGAAAGGAAAUGUUUUAUAGAAGAAAUACCAGAUGAAACCAAUGUUAUAGUAAAUUAUAAGGUAGAGCUGUAUGAUCCUAGAAGUGGGGGAUACAUGCCAUCCUCUACUGGAAUUGGAAUGCAUGUUGAAGUACGAGAUCCGGAUGAUAAAAUAAUUUUAUCGAGGGUUUAUAGUGCCGAGGGAAAAAUCUCAUUCACAUCUCACAUACCUGGUGAGCAUGUUAUUUGCAUGUAUUCCAACAGCACAGCUUGGUUCAGUGGAUCACAGUUGAGAGUUCAUUUGGAUAUACAAGUUGGUGAACAUGCUAUUAACUAUGGAGAAGUCGUGCAAAAGGAAAAAUUAACAGAGUUGCAACUCAGGAUUAGGCAGCUUCUGGAUCAAGUCGAACAAAUUACUAAGGAACAAAAUUAUCAAAGAUAUCGAGAAGAACGAUUCAGACAAACUAGUGAAAGCACAAACUCCAGAGUUCUGUGGUGGUCUGUCACACAAACUGCGGUACUCUUAGUUAUGGGAGCUUGGCAGAUGAAGCAUUUGAAGAGUUUCUUUGAGGCAAAGAAAUUGGUGUAACUUUUUGUUCAAAUUUUAAUGGAGAAUUCGUGUAGACACAUUUAUCUGUUACUGUUACACCUUAACAACAUUUUUCAUCAAUUCGCCAUUAAAUUGUUAUUAAUUUGUAAAUUUAUAAUUUUUUUUAUAUAAAUAAAGAUUAUUUAUUAAUUUGU